GGGCUCACGUCAGUUUAUACCACGCGCUUGGAAAAGGAUGCCUAUCUUUCCUAAAGGGAUGCCUCACAUUAGAAAGAGGAUAACCAACACCUUCCGGAUGUUCCGGGUGGAGAUCCAGAGAGCAAUGGAUUCUCUGCGAAAUUGUAUUGAUAUCUGUUAUCAAAAGAGAAGAUCGAGUGUUACUCGAGUUGUUUGGCGUCCAAAUUACAACUAUUAUAGUGACGAGGAAAUUCACGCCGAAUUGUGUUACGCAGAGGCGCUCCUAAUGACUGCAUUGCUUACAUUCCUUGAGGACCAGAACCUAAUAAAUCUGGUGAAGGGGGCCUUUCGUAUUAGGACCUGUUAUCAAUCAUACAAAACUCAAUGGCAAAGUGAGACCAUUAGGAAGCACUUUGAAAGUGGGGUUCGAAUGGGAAUCGGAACUUUCAAUUUGAUGAUUUCCCACAUGCCAUCAAAAGUAUUAAAACUACUUGAAUUCGUGGGCUUUUCUGGUGAUAGAGCCCAAGGAUUUGCAGAGUUAGAGCGGUCCACACAAAUGACUGAUGGCUUGCGGUGUCCAUUGGCUGCUCUUAUUAUGCUUGUCUACCAAACUUAUAUUGAACAUAUUUUUGGUUUAGGAGAAGGAGAUCUUGAGUGUGUCGAGAAUUUAUUGGAUUAUUGCCUACAAAUAUAUCCAAAUAGCGCUUUCUUUCUAUUAUUUCUGGGAAGACUGGAACAACUCCGAGGAAAUGUGGAAGAGGCGGUCAUCAAUUUCAAGAAAUGUAUUGAAAUUCAAGACGAAUGGAAACAAUUUCAUAAUAUCUGCUAUUGGGAGCUAUUGUGGUGUCAUUCAGUUCGGUGUGAUUGGCAUAACUCCGCUAAAUAUGCGGAUAUAUUGCGCAAACAGUGCAAGUGGUCUCCGGGCACCUACACCUACCAAUACGCCACCUUCUUGUAUAUGAUUAUGAUUGAAGAAAAUCAGUUCCAACUAAAGGAUCAAAUCGAAGACCUUUUAAGAACUGUUCCCAAAUUGAAGAUUAGAUAUGCGGGCAAAACAGUGCCGGCUGAGAAGUUUGCCAUCACUCAGUCCGAGAAAUAUUUCAAUCAAAACAAAUCACUACUACUGCCCGCUCUCGAAUUUUUGUACAUUUGGAAUAUAUUUGCUGCAAUUGGUAAUUCACCAGUACUAUUGAAUCCUAUAUUAGAAAGGAUUGACAAGGCUUUCGAUCAGCAUAAGGACGAUAGA